AUGCGUCCCACGUUCGUCAGAGCUUUCUCGAACAAUUGUUUAGACGACAUCAUUGAGUCCGAAAUCAAUCGACCAUCCGCCGGUCCUGAAUUGCCCGCGACAAACGGUCCCAAUGGCGGGGAUGAGGGACAGCAGCCUCGACAGUUCAUCGUUGCGGUGGACUUUGGAACCACGUCCUCCGCCGUGGCGUACACAGUCCUUCGACCGGGGGAAGACAGAACUAUGGUAGACAUCCACCAGAUUUCAUCCAUUUCGUUGUAUCCCGGUUCUGGCGAGAAAGAGCGAGGGUUGACGACGGAAGUGCCCACGGAAACGUGCUAUCCUCUGAACGCCCGGCCCAGGCAGGCGGAUUCUGCUGAGGCGAUGGAUGUGGACCCCCCCGCGCGAUCCGGAGCAAAUCUUUCGCUGGGGGUUCUUUAUCGCAGCAGCUUUCAGAGAAUCACCCGUUCGAAGUUGCUGUUGGACAAGACGGAUUACACUAGGGAGCUCCGCGAACAGCUCCAGGCGACUGCCGAGAACCUGGCGGAAUUAGGGAUUAUCAACGACAGCAUGGACUUGAUUGUUGACUUCUUAAGCCACUUGCUUGCGCACACCAAAGCUCAACUCAUUUCGUUGCAUAUGUUCAAUGACAACGACUCAGUCGAGUGGGUGCUCUGUGUUCCAGUCGUCUGGCGAAGACGGGCAGUGAGAAAAAUGCAAGAUGCAUUGAUCGAGGCCAGCCGUCGAUCGCUCUUUGGUCGAACCAUCUCCAACAGUGUCGAAAAUCUCUACAUCGUUUCCAAACCGGAGGCUGCUGCGGCCCAUGUGUUGGCGUCCACUCGAGAGGUGAAGGCCGGAGAUACCUUCAUGGUCCUGGAUGCCGGGGGUGGGACUGUCGACGCAGUGAUCUAUAAAUUGAGAAACACCGAACCUCUCCAGCUGGAAAAGGAGGCUGUGAAACCAGAAGGCGCUCUAUGUGGCUCGAGCUACUUGAAUGAACGAUGUGAGGAGAUUUUGCGAGACCGGUUAAAGGAUGAAACCUAUCUCACGUCUCCCACUCCUGGGGCACGCAAAGCGAUCACCAUGGAGGGAAUCAUUGCAUCCCAGGUCUGGGAAUUUGAAACCAAAGUCAAGAGGAAUUGCGACAUCAUGGAUAGCAAUUUCACAGGCCACGUGUUUUUUAUCCAAGGGCUCAGGGAGAAUAAGGCAAAGAACUUCACAGACCACCGACUGAGACUGGACCAGAAGGAAUUUAAAGAUAUUUUCCGCCCUUGCUUGGAGGGAACCUCCAGGCUCAUGCUGAAACAGCUCCAGGCAGCCCGCCAAAAGGGGAUCAUCGUCAAGGCGAUCUUGCGCCAGCGGUCAGUUGAGAUUGUCGGCUCCCCCGUGGGUCUCUUGCGCCCUAACGUCCGACUGAUUGUCCUGAUUGCCGAAUAUGGCAGCGACACUGCGGUUGCUUCUGGUGCGGUUCUCCGGGCUCUCAAUCAAGAACUAGGGCCGAUUAGGAUCAUCCAGUCGAGCUACGGUUACCUGCGCACCGAGCCCUGGGAUCCUGAGCUUAUCAAGGCUCAUAACUCAAGCAAACCGAAGCAGGUUGAUCCGAACAAUGGAGACUUAUACGUGAAGAAUACCAUCUGUUGGGUCUUGAAGAAGGGCGAUGAAGUUCCUCCAUUUGCUGAAUACAGGUUUCGAACUUUGUUCACAUUCCCAGCAAACACUAAGCAGAGGUUUAAAUGCAACCAACAUCUGUAUGUGUCAGAUAUGACUUUCUUGCGUACCGAGGGCCACAUCCGGCCAGUCAAGCCGGAUAAUGAGCUCGGUCGACGCCAUUACCGCGUUGAAUAUGACCUUGUCAUGAUUGUCGACGGUUACAAUAUACGAUAUGAGGCGCGCUGGGAUAAUGGCCAAGGAGAACAAGUCCACGCAGAGAAGCAAAUCAAUAUUGCCGCAGCGUUUGCCAGUCUCGAGCCUGAGUGGGAGUCGGACGAGGACGGAGAGGAGUAUCUGACUGACUUAUGCAUACAGUCUGGACAGAGAAGCAAAUCAAUUGCCAUUGUAGAUUGUUCAAUACCUACUGCGAUAUGCUUACUGAAUGGCACCAUGCAGGUUGCGGAUGUUUGCUCUAUCCCACCAGCCACCCAUUGUCUUUGA